AUGAAAUCUCAAUGUGAGAAGUUCAAGAAUAGCAAACAGAAUGACGACAGGUAUAUUUUUUUAGCCAUUUAUACCCUCGAGAUGAUAAUAAAAACGAUCGCGAAAGGUUUUAUAUUGAACAAAUACACAUAUCUGCGAAAUCCAUGGAAUUGGCUGGAUUUCGUCGUCAUCACCAGCGGGUAUGCCACCAUCGGGAUGGAAGUGGGAAAUCUGGCUGGACUGAGGACGUUCAGGGUGCUCAGGGCGUUGAAGACAAUCUCUAUUUUACCAGGCCUGAAAACCAUCAUAAACGCUCUCCUUCACUCCUUCAAGCAAUUGGCCGAGGUCAUGACCCUCACGAUCUUUUGUUUGAUGGUAUUCGCCUUGUUUGCGCUGCAGGUGUACAAGGGGGAACUCCGUAACAAAUGUGUGCUGAAGAUGGACGAUCACAACGCUUCCUAUGAAACUUGGUUCAA